UGGCGGUAUCGAUUUCCAGCUUCUAGAGGGAUCCCAGAGGGCCAGAUUGUGGUAGUCAAAAUACAUACAAACCAGGGGUGGACUGACAACUCAUGGGGCCCCCGGGCAAUAGGGGAUCAUGGGGUACCUGUGUCCUUGUCCAAACUCAAAAAAGCCUAUGAAAAAGGUACCAGGGGCAUCUCAUGGGGCCCCCUACUGACCCUGGGCCCUCGGGCAGUGCCCAAGUUUCCAAAUGGUCAGUCCGCCCCUGAUAGA